UAAUGCAAUAUUGGGAUUGAAUGAAUAAUGAAAAUAGAUCGAAAAAAUUCUUAUCCCUAUGAAAUAAAAUUAACAAAACCAUCUUGCAAACAGAGAUUUUGACCACAAACUACAAGCUAUCCCAUAGUGAUCGGCAAAGUGGGCUUAUCCUUAACGAUUUGACAACUGCGCAGUAAAAAAAGCAGGAACCGUGUUGACAGAUCGCGGUACGGUUAUUUGAGGGUGUGUGUGUGAGCACAUUCAUAUUGAAAGCUUUUGGGCGAUAUCAAAAAGUUUUGCAGCGUUUUGCAGCUUAGAAAAAUAUCGUCCCACGAUUUCCAACACAAUAUGUCACGAAGUAUCUCGACUGGAAUUAGAAAUCAUACAAAGUUCAAAUGUUUCUUAGUCUGUGUAUCAUUGUGUGAGUACGCACUGAAACCAUAACGCGAAACGUCAAAUUUAAAAAUGGCCUGCUGAAAAGAGCUAUAAGCCCGCUUGUUUAUUAUAUCUACUUUGAUACAAAUGCCGCCUUUGUUCGUAUGGGAUUUUACCUAAAUGACAGCAAAUGCGAUUACCGCGAGGCAAAAUCAAAUUAGUUGAGGAGUUUGAAAUCAUCUGGCCAGCCAGCAGUACGAUCAGUAGCUGCUAAUCAAAUGCUUACUUCGGCUGAACCAGCAAAUAGAAUAAAAACCAUUCCAAACAUCGCUCGCACACGCCGCAUAUGUUCUGUGACUAUCGUGAUGAUCCCCGGCAGUAAAAGUCAUGACAAAGUGAGUGACCAAGAGAGAGUUGGUUGCAAAAAUGUCACCAGCCAGGUCACACGUCUCAUGAACGUUUCACCUAUGAUCAUCGCAGUUGUGUACGUGAGUUGUUAUAGUUCAGUUUUCAGUCAUGACCCAAGCUACAAACGUUAUAUAAAAAGACGUCUUUUUGUAGUCUUUUUACCCAUAAAAAAAUUACUAAAAGACGUCUUAAUAACACCUCAUCGGACCGACUGUCAUGUCAUGGUGUACCUUAAAUAUAUACGUAUCUUGGCAAAUAUCUAUCAAAUUUUGGAAGAAAAUAAAAAUGCUUUUUUUUUGCAAGCAAAAACAAGUUUGUUUUCUUCUCUUUCAUCUUUUUUCUCUCCUAUUCAUCCUCAUGUACCGGAAUUGGGUGGUCGGUAUUACAGAGAGUCGGUAUUGGUAGAGUGUGUUCUUUUUUUAGUGUUCAUUCCAUAUGAUUAUUACAGUAAAUGAGAUUUGAACUUAUACUUACAUGAAUGUUACGUGCGAAGCGUAGCGCUCGAUCCAGUUGGUCCGUACGGCUGUGUUGAUAUCAGAGCAAUAGGAAACCAAUAAAAGCCAUCAUACAGCAAAAUGGAAAAUACACAACGCAAAGUAGUACAUCUUAAAAUGAGCAACGGUAGAUAUGCUCUAUCAGAAAUGCCUCAGACUGCAGCUCAAACCCCACAACCAAAGCGGCAUGCCAAUUUGUUGGCAAAACUAUCAGAAACACUGACUACAGGCGAAGACAACUAUCCAGAAAAUAGUGAUUCUCAAUGCAUUCCGUUACGCAGCAUCUCCAAUGUACCCAAACCUCAGUCGUCAAACCUCACACACAUUAACCGGGCACCAAUGGCUUCAAAAUCUAAACCACCGAGUGCAACAUACAGAACACAAACAGAAAUAGACUCUAUGGAAAAGAAAAUAGACGCGGUAAUGGAAAAAGUAAACACAAUACAGAAACAGCAACAGAACCUAGAAAAUUUAAUCAACACAAAAGUGACGUCGUUGGAGAAAAACCAGAGCGUGAUAAAAGCCAAGCUGGAUUUGAUCCUUGAUGAACUUUCUCCUAGGCCGGGAUUGGUACCAGCAUCUACAUUCGAUUGGGAACCAAUUUCCACUAAAGAAAAGUUGGAAGAAUUAGAAAAACAACUUACAGUACAGGAAUACAAGCAAGAAAUGAAGAACUAUUUGGAAUGCCAGUUACCAACCGAUAGUUCCGAAGAGAGGUUGCAUGAGGCAAUGGACAUAAUUUUCGGAAGAGCAUUUACGACGGAGAUGAGCUGGACGGGUAUCGGAUAUCCAGACAACAAGAUUCCCUUGUGUAGUUAUGUAAAUAUUUUAUCAUUAUUAAAAAACAUUGGAACAUUCCACGGAGUAACUUCGACAACACAAAAAAUCAAAUGUUUCUUUCAAAAUAAGCUGAAGCAUGCUGAUCAAAGGCUACAUUAGUCAGGAAAAAGAAAAUCCACGCAUCAUCGACAUCGACAUAUGUAGAAUAACUUCUAUAUACUUCUACUUUCGAAUUAAAGAAAAACAACUAUAACCACACGUAUCGCGUCGUAUUUUUAUUUGUCAUACAAUUUGUUACAAUUGUAUUUGUUACUAUUACAUAUUAUUCUACUAGCGUAUGGACCAAGGGAACAAAAAGAUAAUCAUUUUCUCGAGAAAGAUCAAUAAUUACCAAUUUACAUUUAAUGUCGUCA